AUGAAAACCACUUAGAUGGCACGUUUGUAUUAUACAGAAAUGAAGCUAAAAAUCAAGAGGUUCAAGUUAGGCAACAUUUGUGCCAUGGACAGGGAACACCAUACUGUAACUGUGCGGUAGCUGUUCGUUCUGGAAGAGACAUUUUCGUCAUAAAUGUCUGUGAUAAAAUUGACGGAAUUAAUGUACCUAACCACAAAUAUAUUGGUUUUAUUUUGUGUGAUGAUAAAGUCCUAGAUCCUGUUGAAGUAAACGAAAAAACAUAUGACAUAAGAAUGCCAAGUGGUACUACUGUGAACGUUUUAAUACGAAAUUGGCCACCUACGAAAUUACAGCUGGAUAUAACAAUCAUUCCUACCAUAUCGGACAAAUACAACUCAUCCGGAUUGUGUGGGAAUUUUGAUGGGAAUAAAUCAAAUGAUUUUACAAGAAGUACUGGAGAAGAAGACACUGUUAUUGAAGGAAAUCACCAACCUUCUGAUUUUUUAAAGUCAUGGUCUUUUAAGUACAAUUUAACUGAAUCUAGCCUUUUUACACGAGACACUGAUUUAUUUGACAAACUCAAAUCAAUUAAUGAAACAAAUAUCCGACUAUGCGACUGCACAAAUACUGGUAAAAUUGACUGUUCUUAUGACGAAUCUGUAAGAUGUAGAAAUUUAAAUCGUACUAAAGUUCCGUGCAGAUCAUCAGCAACCAAUGACAAAAAACGUACGAAACGCAAUGCACGAUCUGAAGAUGUAUCGGUAAAGCAUGAGAUUGUUAAAAGAAAUUCAUUCAUGGUGUCAAGAGGGGAGGCUGAAGAAAUUUGUUUUUCUGCAUUUUCAAGAUCAACAAUGUAUCAAACAUGUCAGAAUAAAGUUGCAGAAUUCACAAAUUCGUCGCUUUCAAAUUGUGUGUUGGAUGUUAUGUGGACUGGAGAUGAAAAUAUAACACAGCUUCAUUUAGAUGCAGCCAAUCAGGAAUGUACUAUCAUUGCUUCCCAGAAUGUGACUCUCCAAUCUAGUGAGCCGGAGCUGGUAACUGAGCUCGAAAUGCAAUGUCUGAAUAACUGUAGCGAAAAAGGAAUUUGCAAUGGGGGAAACUGCACAUGUGAUGAGGGAUUUGCCGGAACUGAUUGUUCCUUUGACAGAUACGCUCCUCCGGAUCUAUUUUCAAGUCUUGAUGAACAAGUAUGUGACCUCUCUAGAGAAGACUGCUCGUACGGGAGUGUUCAUGGAGAAUACUUCUUUCAAAAUUCUGAGACGCUUUGUUAUAUUAACAGAACAACAAUAUUACCAAAUUACACGAAAAUUAUGGACUUUCUUAAAAUUAAUUUGGUAGUUCAGACUGUUUAGUGGGGACUGUCCACUUCAUCAAAGCAGUUCUCUAAAUAUAUUAGCUUCUGGCUUUACGUUU